GGCAGGGAAAGCGAAAGUUGUAGGCGAACGACGAGAGGACCCAGCGUGGAAGGGACUCGGACCUGCUCUGAUGAAGAUGAUAAUGAUACUGGAGAUCGUACUGCUGGUCGUGCAGCUCGAAGUGUGAUUUCAUCUGAUGUUCCUGAAGGCCAAAGAAGUUCUUGGAGCACGACUACAACUAGUGGCGACGUAUCAGUAUCUACAACUUCUACAUCUAGUACAACUGAGGAGUGCGCCGCGUAUGGAGGUAAAAAUAUGGAUGAUGUUGACGAUGAGCAGCAGGAGAACGC